UCUCUGAAGUUAAUGAGUGACAUGAUAACAGCUUUGUCCUAACCGAGAAGCCUCACUACAAGCAGGCAGUUAAAGGGGAUAUGUAAACUUUAGUUUGACAGACACUAUGGGUGUGUUCAAGUACUCUCCUGUGGACUUCCUCUUGAUUUGUGCUGGUCUUGUGUUCUUACUGCUCGACAUUGUGCUGGAUAUUUUUGCCGUUGUGUCUUUCUACCAGGAAAAAGCUUAUGUGAGCUUCGGUAUCCUGCUGCUGCUUCUCGUAGGGUCGUCCUGUCUUGUGCAGGCCUUCAGCUGGCUGUGGUACAGCUACGAGGACUUUAAGAGGGAGACAAAGGUUGAGAAAUUCCUGAGCCAGAGCCAACUCGGGCUACUUCAUGUGCUCCAGCUGGGAAUCUACUUCAGGCACGCAGGUGUCGUGGAGGUCUCUUUAUGCAGCUCCUACUCAAAGCUCCCUGACCCCCAGGGUAUGGCAGUGUACCUGAGCCACGACCUGAGCCUGCUGCGGCUCAUAGAGACGUUUUCGGAGAGCGCCCCUCAGCUCGUCCUCAUGCUCACCAUCAUUAUGCAGCGCGGCGAGCUCAGCCCUGUGACAGUGUUGAAGGCUUUUGGGUCAGCCUCAGCCAUCGCCGUCAGUGUGACCAUGUACCACCGCUCGUUGCGCUCCUUCCUGCCCGACAAGGCAAAACAGCAGAUGAUCUCAUCGCUGGUCUACUUUCUCUGGAACCUGCUCCUCAUCUCGUCUCGCCUCACCGCGCUAGCUCUUUUCGCCUCCAUCUUCCCCUGCUUCAUCUUUUCCCACUUCCUUUGCUCUUGGUUGGUUUUAUUUUUCUUUGUAUGGCGAUCCAAGACAGACUUCAUGGAAAGCCCGUGUGGAGAAUGGCUUUACCGAGCCACCGUGGGCCUCAUUUGGUAUUUCGACUGGUUCAAUGUGGUCGAGGGGAAGACAAGGUACCGGACUGCGUUCUAUCACGGGUACAUCCUGGUGGAUAUUUCCCUCCUCUGCAGCCUGUGGUGCUGGAAGAUGAUCACGGAGCCGCCUUAUUUUGAAAUUUCAUUCUUGCAUGCUGUAAUCACUGCAGUCAGUGUUGUUUCUUGUUACCUCCUUGGUCUCUUCUUUAAAAUGAUAUAUUAUAAGACCUGCCAUCCAAACCUGACCAAGGAGGAGCUGGAAGGGGGCACCGCUGAAAAGACCCACGUUGGACAGGGACCUAGUAGGAUUAAAACAUUUGCUGGAGAUGUACCAGACUUUCCUAUGUCGUUACUAGAGGACAGCAUUCCUCAGAUGAUGACAAUAACGAUGAGGUCGGACGAAGAGGAAGGCGUUUCAGAUCGUGUGGGGCCCAGUCAACCUGCACCCGACAUUAAACGCUACAAUAAAAGAAUGAGGAAGUUGGCUGAGAACUUCUACUCCUGAUCCGCAUCACUUGACAAAAGCGGACAUGGAGGUUAGAGUGAGUCAUGGAGACCUGACCAGCCUCAUUAAUCACCAUCAUGAGGCUGUGUGGGAUAGACGUACUGUGACCUGCUCCCUAAUUAUCCACAGGUUCAACUUAGGUCCAAGUCAAGCCUUAUUGUAAGCACUUUCUCCAGUGUAAUAACUGGUAUCACUGUGCACCAGACACAUUAAGCUGCCAUACUUAUUUAUUUUCCAUUUAAAGGAUAGGUUCACAUUUCUCAAGUGCCUUAAAAACAAUAGCUACAUACCCAUAUGUGCAUUUAAAAAGUUUUUGAUUGCUUUAACUGUUCCAGAAUAUCCUAAGCAUCCCAUAUUAUAAAAAGUGAGAUUUUUUGUAUUUUUUAAAUUAUAAAGCAAGUCUAGAUGCUGUAUAAAUACUUUGAAUGUAUUAAAAUUCUCAAUCCACAAACAAAUGCAGCCUUCAAAACUGUGCCAUCAGGACUAGUUAUGAUGUCACAUUAUACUACAUAAAGGUAGAAAGUGCUGCUUAAGUCAUCAGUGGCUUAAAGAAACCGGCCCUAAAAUGGAUUGCUUCAGACAGGGUGAAUACAGGUGUAUUUAGACUGACGUACGUACUAGAGCCCACCCUGUUUCUCUGGUUGAGCAAGGCUUUACCAGAAAAAGCAGGUUGGCUUUAAAGCAUGUGAACAUGUUUGAAUAGAAACAAAGUACAAGUAUGAACCUGAAAAUGAGCAUAAUACAAUGCCUCAGUGAUUAUUGGUGCAGGCUGCAGCUUUAGUUCAGCCCAAGAAAAAGCUAAAAUAAAUUGCAAAUCAGGAAAAAUAAAUAUUUCCAUACAGUCCCGAACCAAAGCUGAUACGAGGCUGUCACAGUUUGUCAAAUCAAAUAAGUAUCUUUCUAAGUGUUCUUAUUACUAAAUUCACUCUUUGUUACUAAAACACUGACCAGGUAAAAGAAAAAGGGACAUUUUUUGCACGUUAUUGGGAAGGAUACGUACUUGAUUUUACUACCUCUGACAGAUUAAGUAUCUUAAGCUUUAGAAUUAGUUUUUGCAUGCUUACAUUUCAGUUGCAUAAGAAGAGGAUUUUUGUUUGCACUGCAGGAAAGAUUUUUAGUGACCAAUAACUCUUUAAAUGUACAUAUGGACAAGUAAUCUUAGUACAUUCCU